GCACGCGGCAGCUAACGAGAGUAUGAAUAAGUUCAAAGGCAUAUAGCUCGUAAAAAGCAUACAAAGGGUAAUUCAGAAUUGCAUUACACAGUACAUAGGGGUAGCAGUGAAUUCUUUCUCUACAGAACUACAUUGGUGUCUAUACAUAUCAUUUGGCAGUGUUUGUGAGGGAGUCUCUAUCGACAAGAUCAUUCAAAAUGGCGUUAGUAGGAAUGAGAGGAAUGAAAUGGAUCAAGUACUGCAUGUUUAUCUUCACUUUUGUAUUUGUCAUCGUGGGUAUUGGUAUAAUCACUGCAGGCUUCCUAACCCUCACCGUCUACCAGGAGUAUGUUGACUUCACUAAUAAUUCAGGGAAAGCUAUACCUGCACUUCUCAUCACAGUCGGUUUCAUCAUCAUGAUCGUCUCAUACUUAGGAUGCUGUGGGGCUUUCAGAGAGAGCUACGGUAUGCUGAAAACGUAUGUUUUCAUCAUGAUCCUUCUUCUGAUCUUGGAGCUUGCUGCCGGCAUCACUGGUUAUGUUCUACGUGAUGACAUUGAUAAGCUGGUCGGUGAGAAUAUGUCUGAGCUUCAGAUAAAAUAUAACUCAACUACUUCAGCUCAACGAAUCUUCGAUAACCUACAGUACAACCUGAAGUGUUGCGGGGUUUAUAACUACACUGAUUGGAUGGGCUGGAUACCUGAUCAACCUAACCUUGUUCCUUAUUCAUGCUGUAAAACACCUGAUACUCCGGGAUGCCAUAUCAUUGGCUCAGCUACCUUGGAUAUAUAUACAGACCCUUGCCACUCCGCAGUCAAAGAUAUCCUGAUUAAUCAGACUGUACUCAUCGCAGGAGUUGCCAUUGGUGUGGCCGUUCUUGAUAUCUUGUGUAUCGUACUAGGAUGCUGCCUCAUGAAGAAAACCAAGGAGGCUUACGUCAUCUAGACUGUUAUAUCAUUAUUGGACUUUAAAUAACACCUUUAAAAAAAAAAAAAUCUUUAAAGUCAUUUUGGCUUUUGGCAACAUUAUUCCUUAUGUGUUAUGUUUCAAAGUAAAAGGAGCAAUGUUUUCAGGCAAAGCUUCAUAAAAAAGGAUACUUGUUGUAACAAAAAGAAGGUUUGACUGUAAUAGUUGUAUAAUUUUAUAUAACGGACCGACAGUAUGCCUUUACUAUACGUAGCUAUUGUCUGUUUUCUAUUUUUAUGGUUAUAUAGAAGUUUAUACUUGAUGAUGUAAUCAUUGCGAAUUGCCUAUUACCAAAGUUGUGAAUUUCAAAAUAGAUAUACAUUGUGAUUAUAUUAUACAUGUAAACAAAUAUAUUCAUAUAUUCGAUUGAAAUAUGUGAUUUUAAUGUCAUAAAAAUUGGCCAAUAUUUGUAAUGCCAUGCAAGUCGAUACUUUUUAGCAUCAUCAUCAUUCUUUUUAUCAGAAUCUUCUGAAAUCAUGGAUAGAUAUGAAAGAAUAUGUUAAAAGAGGAGAGAGAUACAGAGGGAAUAUUGUAUAAUAAUAAUUUUAUUCAACUAGAAGGUCAAACCUUAUUUGAGGAAACUUUGUUUUAAAAAGAAUAUAUAUCGACUUCAUCACAUUUGUGAUGAAAAUGGAGAAUUGAAACCUGAAGCUCAUUUUAUAAUGUUAGGUUUGAGCAGAGUGGAAAUUGAUAAAGUAAACAAAAUUUAUAAAGUAGCCCCUUAUGAAUGGAAACAAAAUGUUCAACCUUUAAAGGUAAAGACCAGUAUU